AUGGGCGACCGGCUCCGGGCCGAGGGCGUCGGACUCCGCAUCCUUGGCUACGCCUGGAUGGAUACCAGCGAGAAGGAAUACAUCUACAAGAGCCUCUCCAGCAGCCACUACAUCAAGCAGGCGUGCAUCCCGGAGCCGCACCGCUUUGCCACCGACGCCGACCGUGACUUCCUACUAGCCGCCUACCGCACCCUCAAGCCAGGCCUGGGCCUACAGGAGUGCUCCGCUAGGCUCUGUGGCGCGGGGUUCACUGUCUGGGCACUGACUGCCGGUGAUGCCUAG